GCAGUAACGGAGCAGCGACGGAGAGACUGCAACACAGCUCUCUCUCUCUCUCUCUCUCUCUCUCUCUCUCUCUCUCUCUCUCCAUCACACCGACACUACAAUACCUCGUUCCCCGGGUGUGGAUCUAUUCUAGGCUCACGGUUUGGCCGUGAAUGCGAGGCGGUCGGUUCCUCUAGCAGAGGCGACAUGAGCGCGUUCCGGCUCCUGCUGCGGAGUUUCCACUGUGUGGGACUCUACAUCCAACUUAGUGGCCCUUUCUCAUCAUCCGCCCAGGUGGAGAACCGCAUCUCCAGCAACGUACUGAUACGAUACUAACAUGAUACUGAUCCGAUACCGGCGACAAACAGUGCAUCGGAUAUCAGAGGAAACAUUUUGAUCCUGUGGCAAACGUCUGCAAAAGGCUGGAAUUGGACUUGGAUGUGAAUGAAAUGUGUCUGAACUUCGUUCAUUCUUCGAACAUUCUUAUUCCUCUCUUCACAGAGGUCCCUCAUGACAUGACGGCGCACAGCGGGCAGGAUGUGGAGAUGGCCUGUUCGUUUCGGGGAUCAGGCUCCACUUCUUAUUCUCUGGAGAUCCAGUGGUGGUACAUCAGGAACCACAAAGAGUGGACAGACAAGGAGACGUGGACCACCAACCAGGUGGUGCCCCAGGAGGAGAUGCCAAAGGACGCUACGAAAAUCAGCGUGGUGAAAGUGGCCGGCAGCAACAUCUCCCACAAGCUGCGUCUGUCCAGCGUGAAGCCUUCUGACGAGGGCACGUACGAGUGCCGCGUCAUCGACUUCAGUGACAGCCGGCCUCGGCACCACCGUGUGCGCGCCUACCUGCAGGUGGAACGUGACGGAAGUGACGCCGCACCUCCACACCACCAGGGGGCAGCGGAGUCGCAAAAACAUCAACCAACAGCCCACCACGGGCACCACAAAGCCGGCAGGGAGCUCAGGAAGAGGGCUGCUGACGACACCAACACUGACUGCACAGAGAGCUGUGCACUUUAGGGCCUAAACACACACACACAUACACACACAAACACAUAUACACACAUACACACAUAUACACACAGCGGUCCAACACCUUAAUCUGUUUUCCUAUAGCUUUCCUCCACAAGAUCUUAAUACACAGUGUAUAUUAUUGUAAAUGUUCGAGCCGGUGCAUGUCGCGAAAUGUUUCUUACAACAUUAUCGCUUUGAAACUCGAAGGACAGAAAGAGACGAACAGAUCAGAAGCGUGGAUCUUUCUCUAUUUUAUUCUGCUUCACCGUUUUUUUUUGUUUUUUGUUUUUUUUUUUGCUUUGAUACUUUUAUUCACAAGACAGCCAAGAGAAAGUGUCGAGAUAAUGACAGACGUCUACUUACAUGAAUCGUGUCGUGGGAUCUGUUGAAGCGGGUGAAGAUAUCUCAAAUGUGCGUGAUUUCAUCAAAUCUAAAUCAAACCUAAGAUUAUUCAGCUUUGAGUUUUAAAUGCAUUUCAAGCUGGACAUUUUCUUAUUCGGGUAUAAAUGCAGAAAAAUUGGCCCAAAGAUUUCUAAACGAUUUCAAACUUUCAUGGAAAUUAUAGGAAUAUGUAAAGAGCAUCUUUCUUAAAACAGGAAGUUCUGUAUACAUUUGAGUAGAUUCAAAGAUGUUUUCAUUUACUAAGAUGUCAGGGGGACAUUAAAAAAAAAAAGACAAAAAGAUUGGGAGAUCAGGAUUGUGUAUUAACCCCACUGUGUAUCUGUGCAGUGGACUUUAACUGGAAGUGGGUGUGGAAGUGGGUGUGGCUUAAAGUCAUGGUGUGAUUUGUGGCUCUGAUCCUCUGAGCCUCAGCUACAUCACUCCAGUAACUCCAAACCUCAGCUGUAUGCAUGAGGGCUUUAUUUUAUUUAUCACACAUUAAGUUUUCUUUUUAACCUGCAAAUUGUUUGGUUCCCAAACUACAACACCAGUACCAACUGUUUCACAAAAAAAAAAAAAAAAAAAAAACAGUAUGCUAUUUCAACUGGUUAGCAAAAAAAAAAAAACAGUACCCUAUUAAACUGGUUUAUAAAAAACCCCAGUACCCUAUUUCAAGUGGUUCCAGUCCUUCUGCAGACCACGUCUCAUCCAGAUGGAAGAAAGUGGGGUAGUGCGUCUCAUAUUCAUCAGCCUCUGUUUGUAUUUGUUUGGAACAUGUUGACUGUUCAAUCCAAAUAACAACAACACGGCACUUUGGGACGAGGAGUUAUAGGGCUUUAAUCCACAAUGAUGUAGUGUGAGGCAGAGCAGAGAUACUGCUGAGGAAGGAAGGAUGGAAUGACGGAAUGAAUAAAUGAAUGAGGGAAUUAUUGAAUGAAUGAAUGAAUAAGGGAAUUAAUGAAUGAAUUAUUGAAUGAAUGACUGAAGGAAGGAAGGAAUGAAUGAAUAAAGGAAUGAAUGAAUGAAUGAAUGAAUGAAUGGGAGGCUAGGGGUUUCACAGUAAUUGUGUACCAACAAAGUGCACCAUUGUAGACAGUGUACCUAAUAAAAUGGCCAUGAGUGUAUCCUAUCUCUAACCUGGUAAAUGAGUUCAUGUAUUUAUAAACUCUUACUUAUACAAUUCCACUAAAGCUGAUAGUUUAACUGUAAAGUAACGAUAGAGUUUAAUACGAUAGAGCCUUGUUAUUUUAUUGGAUUUCUCUCAUCGGUUAUUCUGCUGAUGCUGGAUGGAUUUUAACGUUUCCACACCGGAAAUUGACAUUUUUCUAAAUGGCAGUGGUUGUGCACUUGGCGAAUCCUUGGGCUAAAAUAAAGGAAGAAAAAACAAAGAAAAGAAAGGUGACCUGUUGUUGGAUCAGAUACACAAACCUUUAUAUUGUGUCCUGUUUUAUUCAGCGUGUAAAUACAGUGUGGGUCGGAGGGGGACAAAACCUUUUUGCUGUCACUUUAUUAGUUGCACUUUUAUCAACAUGACCCCAAUAACCCCAAAUCAUCGACUGGGCUGAUAAAUAAAAGAAGGUUUUUAAUGAUUGAAGACGUUGGGGGCUGCCGGGACGGAUGUGGAAGUUCGGGAUACUGUAAUAUAUCCGUUUAUUUUUUGUUCUUUGUCCAUGAUUUAAUGUAUAGCUCUAUAUGAAGCCCUCAUUUCUGAAUAGUUUUUUUUUUUAAUGCUUUUUGUUUUUGUAAGAGGUAAAUGUAAAAAACAGUACAUGUUUGAAUAUCCUCUAAAGUGUUGGUUUCAUCAUAAAUGUAUGCUUUUAUCAAAUAAAAAAAACAUUAUACACAGA